AUGAAGAGAAAAGAAAAGAAGACUGCAAACUGUGCCAUAAUAUGUCCAUACUCUGAGGAUAAUUCUCAUGUGAUUCCUGUUUGCGACAUGUUAUUACAUUUGGCUAAAUGUCGUCGUUUAUACUACAAACGAAAUGGUAUUAAGACAGAAUUAAAAAGAUGUAAAUAUAAUGGUUGUCAUUAUAUUCUUGCUCCGGAAAUGAUGUUACAUGAAUUAACCUGUCAUAGCAGAAUGCUAUAUGAGGAAUGUAAACGAAAAAUGAAAUAUCCACCUGUAUCAUUUCAAAUUACCACUUCUUCCACAAAUUUAAACGAAUUAUUACAAGGAAUGGAUUCAGAAUCAGUUGAUCAUCCUGAUCUGAUGACAUUUGAUUAA